AUGAGUAGGCCAAAGAUCAAGGUGAUGUUGGUUGUCAUUUUUGAUUGCAGAGGCAUUUUCCAUCAGGAAUUUGUACUACAUGGUCAGGUGGGUUACAAGGAAGGAAGUGUACAAGGGAUUACUAGAACGUUUAACGAAUGCUGUGGACAGGAAGAUGCCUUAAUUGUGGAAAACCAAUCUUGGAUAUUGCAUCUUGACAAUGCUACGACUCAUGAUUUGCUCUUUGUCCGCAACAAUUACGUAAAAUAUCCAACUCCAGUUGUUCCCCAUCUACUGUAUUCUCAGAUCCUAACCUUAGCACACUUUUUCCUGUUUCCCAGACUGAAAACUACGUUGAAAGGACGUCGUUUUCAAACCACAGAGGAGAUUCAUGACAUUGCGACAACAGAUCUGCGAGCCAUUGUAGAAGGUUGCGCUCCAAAAAUGGAAUGGAGAUCUUCCAAAAAUGGAAGAAACCAUGGGAAUGGUGGAUUAGAUGUGUGA